AUGGACAUUUUUCGGGGUUACAACUAUUUGAUACAACCUGUCAGAAAUCUUUCCGAGUUGCCGAUCGUUGUCAAAGUGGCAUUGCAAUUGGUUUUAUUGAUCAAUGUCGACGAAAAAGAGCAAGUGAUGCACACAAAUGUUUGGGUGACUUUGAGAUGGUACGAUUUUCAAAUGCGCUGGAAUCCGGUCGAAUAUGGAGAGAUAAGGAAUAUUCGAGUGUCACCCGAUAAAGUGUGGUUGCCCGAUAUUGUGCUGUUCAAUAACGCCGAUGGGACUUUUGAGGUUUCAUUUGAAUGUAAUGUCGUUAUUGAACAUGAUGGAUCGAUGCUAUGGGUGCCGCCAGCAAUCUACAAGAGCUCGUGUAUCAUUGACGUCGAAUAUUUCCCCUUUGACGAGCAAACAUGCUACAUGAUAUUCGGCUCGUGGACGUACAACGAGAAAGAGAUCAUUUUGGAGUUCAGCACCGCCGAAUAUGUUGACUUAUCAGAAUACUCAAUCUCAUCAAUCUGGGACGUAAUCGACGCACCGGCUUCUCUCGUCAACAAAAGAAGUCGGAUCGAGUUUCAAGUGAAGAUUAGACGGAAAACCCUUUUCUACACGGUCGUCUUGAUCAUUCCAACCAUUUUGAUGGCUUUCCCUCUCAAUAGCCGUUUUCUUUUUGCCGACGGAUUCAAC